GUUUGUGUCUUAAAAUGGGCCUGUCUACUUGCCAUAGAAAGUGUAAUUUGAGAGAGACAUGGCACAAAUACUGUCCGAACGAUCGGUGAGAUGCUCUGGGAGAAAACUGUGCCGCAGUGAGCAAACAAUUUGAUCUGAUCAGCGCUUUUACUCCGCACCCGGACACCGCUCAACAGAGGAACUGCCCCCCCAGCGGAGUGCUGCGCAUAGGGGGCGAUGGAAUGGGGGCGAUGCUGUGAUGUGGAGGUCACACUUCCCUGACUUCAUUCUGCUUUUCAAUCGAUAAAUAACCGUAAUACAUGCGCAAUAAACAGCUACUGGAUCGACUAGCCUACGAUUAUAGUGGUCACAGCGGCUCACCUGACAGUUGCAUGUGAUGGGUAUUUUGAGUGAUUGGAGAGAAAAACAGGGAACUAUCCUUGCCCGACAACCGUGAGUGUUCAUCGUAGCAGUUCUCCCUACCACGAGUUCUGCAGCUUACACUGUAACCAAUUCGAUCAGUUGAUGAAACAAAGUCUCAAUUAACGAAGGCUUUACCGAAACUGCAUAUGAUAGCAAUUAAUUACAAUUGUAAUGUAUUAAUGCAACAUUUCAAUUGGCUGUUUGGCUGGCUGGCUUGAUUCGUGAUAAGAUGAGCCGUAUUAAAUCAUGCAGUGGCACCAUUGCGACUGUUUUAAGAGUUUUGUCGUUAUUAAUUGCCGUUUUAUAAAUAUGCUAGAUAUCUCAAGUGAGACUGUUUAAGGGAUUGUAUAGCUGCCUAACUGCGUCAGUACAUGCGAACGUUGCAGGUAGCCUAUGCACAUCCUCUCUGCUGAGGAAGGACCAUGAAAGCAGUAGCCUCUGAAUGUCACCAAUAACUGUCUAAAUAUUUCCCGGGGAUGGAUUCCGGGGAUGACUCGGUCACGGACGCGCCACUUGGAUCGACAUUCUCAUCGGUUCCCAAUUUAGACUCUGACACCAACGCCAACAUCCGUAUCUAUGAGAACGGUGGAGAGCGGAAUGUCAACAACAUGGAAACUGCAGCGCUGAGAGGGGCAAGCGACCCGAGCGCGUACCCCUUAUCGGAUUACCGGGGACUGGUCCGUCAGAGGUUUAUUCGCAGAAGCUUGUGGUUUUCCGACGCGGACGACCAAGCGUUGGACGCGCCAGAAUGCGUCAACAGUACUCCAAUGCUCAGCGUCCACCUGCGCACCAUCGUGGACCGAACCCGCGCGCUCGGACCUCGCGUGGCUUUCCAGGUCCAGGAGAGCUCGAGCACCGAGAGCCAAGUGGGGCAGAAGGACAGUGCGACUGAGAGUGUGAGCGCGGAUGAAGAGAAGGAGAGGAGCGAGGCCGAGCCAAAACCAGACGAUGCAGCUGCACCGUCGCCUGAUACCACCGGGAAAGCGGGGAUUGACGAGAACGAGGAUGAGAACGAGAUAAAAGCCGUGUCCACCUCACCCGGGGGCAGGUUUCUCAAGUUCGAUACUGAGAUCGGGAGAGGGUCAUUUAAGACUGUCUACAAGGGUCUGGACACAGACACCUGGGUAGAAGUUGCUUGGUGUGAACUGCAGGACCGCAAGCUGACCAAAGCGGAGCGCCAGAGGUUUAAGGAGGAGGCAGAGAUGUUGAAGGGUCUUCAGCACCCCAACAUUGUGCGUUUCUACGACUUCUGGGAGUCACCGGUCAAAGGGAGGAAGUGCAUCGUUCUGGUGACAGAGCUCAUGACCUCAGGGACACUAAAAACGUAUCUGAAGCGGUUUAAGGUGAUGAAGCCUAAGGUUCUGAGGAGCUGGUGUAGACAGAUCCUGAAGGGGCUCCACUUCCUCCACACCAGGGACCCUCCCAUCAUCCACAGGGACCUGAAGUGUGACAACAUCUUCAUCACCGGCCCCACCGGCUCCGUUAAGAUCGGGGACCUGGGAUUGGCUACCCUCAAGAGGGCCUCCUUUGCCAAGAGUGUCAUUGGCACCCCAGAGUUUAUGGCCCCUGAGAUGUAUGAGGAGCACUAUGACGAGGCGGUGGACGUCUAUGCCUUUGGCAUGUGUAUGUUGGAGAUGGCCACCUCAGAAUACCCUUACUCCGAGUGCCAGAACGCCGCUCAGAUCUACCGCAAAGUCACCAGCGGGGUGAAGCCUGCCAGCUAUGAUAAGAUCAGUGACCCAGAGAUUAAAGAGAUCAUCGGGGAGUGUAUCUGCCAUCGGCGGGAAGAGAGGUACAGCAUAAAGGACCUCUUGAACCAUGCCUUCUUUGCGGAGGACACAGGCGUGAGGGUGGAGCUGGCCGAAGAGGACGAUGGGAAAAAGAGUUCCAUCGCCCUGAAGGUGUGGGUGGAGGACCCCAAGAAGCUGAAGGGGAAGUACAAAGACAGUGGUGCCAUCGAGUUCACCUUUGACCUGGAGAAAGAGACCCCAGAGGGCGUGGCCCAGGAGAUGGUAGAUUCAGGCUUCUUCCUGGACAGCGAUGUGAAGAUCGUAGGAAAGUCCAUCAAGGAUCGAGUGGCUCUCAUCAAAUGGAGGAGGGAGCGAACCGUCCCUGCAGUCGAGAACCAGACCCAGAACCUGCUACAGGUGCCCAGCAUGGGGGUACCACGACAGGGGGCGCAACUGGCCCCAGCAGAGCCAGAGGAGGCAGAAGCUGACCAGCCCCUUACCCUGAUCUGCAGCCUGCCCGCACACGCCACCACGACUACAUCUGAUGGUGGAGUGGGCCUCAUGGUGCUGUCAAAUGUUAAAAACAGUCAGCCCAGUGCCCCAUACCAGUCCAUCCCAGAGCCCAUCUCUACACCCCAGGUGGUCUACAGCCCCCCUGUGCAGCCCCAGGCCCAGCUGCACCAGGGAGCCUACCAGAAGCCCACUGCACAUCCUCCCCAAGUGGCCUACUCCUUAGCUACUACCACACAGCUUCAUCAGGUGGCCUACCAGCAAGCCACCACUCAGCUGCACCAUGGGGCCUACCAGCAACCUAAAGCACAGCUGCAUCAGGGGGACUACCAGUCUCCACCUCCCAGUGCAGGGUGGAUCCAGGCCCAGCCCCAACCCCAGGCUCAGCCAGCCUCUGCUCCAGCCACCCCAGGGCCUCCGGUACAUCAGAACGGCCCCACAGCCCCACAGAGCUUCCCAGCUGCUGCCCCUCUCGCCACUGUACAGGCACAGGCGCAGCCUGCUGUUACAGCCCAGCCCAGCCACGAGUUGUCUGCCAGCCAGCCUCUACCUCAGCAGUGCUCUGACAUCACCAUCAGUCUUGUCCAAUCAGCUGCCUGCCUGGGCAGCAAUGCUUCUACCCCUCUACAUCAGCCUUCCCAGGCCACGCCCCCUCUCCAGCCACUGCAGAUCAGCACACAGGUCCAGUCUGGUGCCCCUCAGGACCUCCAUGGAGAGGCUCAGGUGUCGGCCCUCGCUCCGCUCCACCCCGAACUCCACUCCGCUCCACUCCAGCCUGCCAUCCUCUCCUCACCCUGGAGGGCUGAGGUGGUGGACCCCGAACCUGCUGCUGCACCCGGGUCUGACCAGACUGUCCCUGAGAUCCCAGCCCGGGUCCCACGCCUGGUUCCGGUUCCAGCUGCAGCCCUGAAGCCCGCUGGCAUCCAGAUAGCAGCCCCAGUGCCUGACCGUUUCAGCUUGUCCACGACUCAGCAGAACCUGGACACUGCAUCUGUGUCCACCUCUUGCCAACCUGAGGCCAGCCAAGAGGAGCCACUGCAAGAGAAACCCAUGGCCUUUCACAGUUACCCAGGCUAUGACAGCUUCAACUCAGACGUGGCGUCGGGUAAGGAGAUGAGUGAUGGCUGCGAUGGCUCGGCCAGCGGCGGGAAAGGGGACGGGAAGACCCGGAAACACCACCGCAAAUCGGCCCGCACGCGCUCCCGCCAGGAGAGGACCAACAAGCCCAAACUGAGCAUGCUCAAUGUGUGCAACACAGGCGAUAAGAUGGUGGAAUGCCAGCUGGAGACUCACAAUCACAAAAUGGUGACCUUCAAGUUCGACCUGGAUGGAGAUGCUCCGGAGGAGAUAGCCAUUUACAUGGUGGAGAAUGGCUUCAUCCUGCCCAUAGAGAAGGAGAUGUUCAUUGACCAGCUGAAAGACAUCGUGGACAAGGCUGAGGACAUGCUGAGUGAGAACAUGGAGGGAGAGACGGCCUCCGCCCUGGGUGGCAGUCCCCAACUUGGACACAACUCUGGGGGCUGGGGGAGAGAAAUUCAGCAGCCCGGAGCACACCAUCCUGUUUAUCAGCAGAAUGUGCUCCACACAGGGAAGAGAUGGUUCAUCAUCUGCCCAGUAGAGGAGCCUCCUACCUCCAGCCAGGAUGGAAUUACAAACGUAACUGCUGAUGGGACUACAACUGCUCAGCCUGACAGGACUACAAUUGCACAGCCUGAUGGGAUUACAGUGCCUGGCCAGUCUGCUGAGGGUGGCACUGCAGGGACUGCUUCAGGCAGAGUAUCAGCGUCGUCCUCCAUAGCUAACUCAGUUUCUGGGGGGAGUGGAGGCUUCGCCUAUGAGGGCUAUGGCCUCUGUAGCCCUCCCAUCCUGUCCUCCACAGACCCUCUCCUCCUGGCCAUGUCCCAUGUCCCAGCCCCCUCUGGCCCCCCAUCUGUCCACCCAGGACCUCUUCCAGAGGGCCAGACCCACAGUUCUACCCUUCCCAGGGUGCAUCACACCCAGCCAGCCUCGGCUCCUCCAGUGGCCCCCUCUGGAGGUCGCCGCAGCUUCCUGUCCGGAGAGGAGCACCAGGGAGGAGGGCGUCUGGGUGCCAUCUCUCCCAUCCACGCUGCCCAGCAGAUGGCAGAGAUGGCGUGCACUGCCUCCAUGGUGGAGGAGGUACCCUGUUGCCCGCUGGUCAUGCCCCUGUCCCUGAACGUGAGUUGUGAUGCCCAAGGGAGCUCAACUCCCCUCACCCCUCUGCCCCAGGACCCCUCUACUUCCUCAGCCAGAGAAUCCCUACAACUCUCCUACCCCUCUGUUUCCCGCGGCGACCGCUCCCAGCAGCCCGUGGUGCUCCAUCAGCCUUUCUCUUCAGUGGGUGGAGCCAAGGCCCCCUCGUUGCCCCAGAGCCCGGCUCCCCACCAGCACACGGCAGGGGGGCCCAGUGAGUCGGACGGGGAGGGUCGAGGGGUGGGAGGUCGGGGGGGCUUUGUGGACAGCACCAUCAAGACUCUGGACGAGAAGCUGAGGAACCUGCUGUACCAGGAGUAUGCUCCUAUGUACCCAUCAGGCACUGCCGCGGAGACACCAGGCUCGGGGACAGAGUACGUCCAGUCCCCUCCUGGGCCCGACAGUGCCACCUUGGGGUCAGGAAACAGCACACCUGGACCUAUGGGGGAAGGGCGCUACCGGACAGGGGAACAGCUGCCUCAGAUUCCAGAGAGGAUGGACAGUUUAAGCGCGUUGAGUGAUUCUGCCAUGGGUGCCCCCAUGUCUAGGAGAAAGAACAUACUCCACUCUACCUCCUGCUCGGGCUCCAGUGGCCGGUCUAAGAUUAUCAUAGGCCCUCCUGACAUGGUGACACGAGGAGAGCUGAAGCAGAGGAGUUGGAGCAGUGCUGCCUCCCCAGCACAUCCUGCUGGCCACUCAGACCACCGCAGCAGUGUCCAGGCAAUGGCCAUGGCCCCCUCCACCACCAUCGGACGCUUCUCCGUGGUCAGCACCGAGGACGACGUCACCCUGAGGACCCGCAGCAGCCGCUACUCUGCGCCGCCCGAUUUCUACCUGGAUACACCCCCCUCCAUGGCCAAACGGGGGUCACUGCCGCACGCCUCCACUACCACUUCCAUGUCUGUUGAUGUUACAGUCCACGCACACCCACGCUUCCUGUCAUCAGACUCGGGGGCGGAGAGUAGUCCCGCCAAGCUGGCCCCGGCCACACCUUCACGGCACGGCCACUCGGGGGAGCGAAGAGGAAGUGACCUCAUGAAGAGGGCGGUGGCCUUCUUGCGCCGUUCGGGCCGCCGCAGUAGUAGUGUGCAGAGCUCUGAUUCGCCGAGCCGGCAGGGGGGCGUGCACGGCUCGGCCUAUGUCAGUAGUGACAACGACUCCGAGAUGGAGGACUCGGAUAUGAAGAGAGAGCUUACCAGACUCAAGGAGAAGCAUUUGAAGGAGAUUUCGGAGCUGCAGGCCCACCAGAGAGGGGAAAUAGAGCUGCUGUACCAAAGGCUGGGUAAAGCCACUCCACCCCCCCUAGGUUUCUCCCACACAGCUCCCCCCAAGCGGAAGAGCAAGCACAAGCACAAACUGAAGGCUGGCAAACUCCUCAGUCCUCUGGUACAACAGCUGAGGAACGUUACCACCAAAACCAGUGAUUCUAGCAAAACCAGUGAGCCUACAGUGAGUCUGAACGGGUCUCCAGCAAAAGCUCCAGUUCAGUCAGACAGCCAAGCCCAUUCAGGUACCAGUCACCUGGCUACCUCCACCUCUGAGCCCGUCCAGACCCAGCAGCCCUGCUCCCUCAAGGGUUCCCUCUCCUCAGACAACAUUUACGCUGGAGCUGGACUACACGGAGAGGGGACAGGUCCACAGACUCCACCAAGCCAAGGCUGGCCUGCUUACCCUCCACCACCUGAGAGAGUGACCUAUAAAACCAGUAGCAAACCACGCGCUAGAUUCCUCAGUGGGCCUGUGUCUCUGUCUAUCUGGUCAACUCUGAAACGUCUCUGCCUUGGUAAAGAGCGUGGUAGGGGGACUGGAUCAGGCUCAGGUGCAUCCAACCAGCCUUCCCAGCAACAGACAGCCAGCUCCACCCCUCCUCCCCACCAGCCAAUAGCAGGGUUGGCCCAAGCCCAGGCCAACAACAGCAACAACAAGACAGGCACCUUCACUGGCACUUACCCUGGCGCCUACAUAGGCUCCUAUGCAGGGUCCUUCACAGACGACCUCCACAGACUGGUGGAUGACUGGGCCGUGGAGGCUCUGGCUGUCUCCUGGCGGCCGCGGCCCAGUUCCCUCAGCCUCAGUGGGCAGCCGCGUUGGAACGACGACCCCAUGGGGCCCAGAACCAGAGCCAGACUGGCCAGCGCUCCAGAUACACCUGCCAGGACAGCCCCUGGCUUUGAAGGCCCCCAACUCUCCCUGUCAUGGCCGAUGAUUGACAGCCAGGCCCAGGGGUCAGUGAUGAGGACCAGCUCCCCGGGACAAGCAGGGUUCCAUCCUAGCUAUAUGGUGGCCCAUCAAGCCCCAGGCCUGUUUGGGGGGCUGCCACCUUCGCCCCUCUCACCCUUCUGUGUAAGCCAGUGGCCUGAGCUGCUGUCCUCCUUGGGUUCAGGGGUGUUUGCUUUCCCUAUCAUGCCCCCAGCCUGGGGCACCCCCACUUCCGCCCCUGCUCCACCCUACGAGCCCCCCGACCCCAAAACCAGGACCCUCUAAUCCUCUAACCCCUGUAGCAUCAUGUCUUCCAACUAUGUUACCAAAAAAUAAGUCAUAUGUAGUUAGAGCUGUGGUCUACUCUACGCACUGUAUGUAAACUGUAUAUAUUUAACCAGCAUGUAUGUAUAUAGUAAGCAUUUGUAUAUAUAGCCCAUAUAUGUUGUUAUCAAUGUGUGUGACAUUAUCAACCUCAAUUUACAUACCUCAUAUGUAUGUACAUAAGGGACAUAUGUAUAUUUUAUCACCUGUGUGAAUGUGUUGUACUGUAUUUAAGGUAAUACAUUCAUUAUAUUUGCAUAAUCCAUUCAUUUGUUUGUGCAUAUAAGCUUUCUGUGUAUUUAAAGGAUCUAUUCCUGUAUCAUUCAUUGCUACUGUCUUUGUACAUAAACUGUUUAUGUUUGUGUGUUUAUCACCCAUAUGUGUGUAUGUGUACCCCUGUGUGUGUGUGUUUUUGUGAGACAGUGUGUGUCCAACAUGUUAUCCAUAUGUAAAGUAGGGCCUGCAGGGCUCUAUCCUAACCCAGACGAGAGCCAUUCCCCAUCUUGCCGUCACUGUGAAGCCUCGUCUACCUGGUUACCAGCCUGGUCUCCCUGGUUACUAGGUCACCAGCUGUGUCACCCUGGUUAACAGCCUGGUCACACUGUUGGUUUCCCUGGUUACCAGCCGUGUCACCAUGGUUACCAGGACCGCCUGCUUUAUUACUCUGACAUUUAUGUUGUAAUAUACUUCCUUCAUUUUCAUUGAAACUCUUACAACGCUAGUGCUUGAAAUAGUCCUAGGAAAUGUGGAAGAACUUGAACUUAACCUUCAGGAGAAAUAUCCUGCAAGAGUGCCUUGAACAGUAGUUUCAGUUCAUUCUGGAGACAAGCAUGAGGCCAUCUGAGAUAAGUUAGGAUAAUGGGGUCAUAUUAUGUGUGUGGUUUUGUCUUUAAAGGUACUAGGUAUAUUUGUGUGAAUGUUAUAUUUAGGAAAAAAACAGGUUGGUUAUAUUCAGGUUGCCAAUUUAGAAUGUUGGGAGUAUGACCAUGGUAUUGGUUGUUUUGUGAAUAUUAUAGUAACAGAUGGGACAUUAUCUAAUGUACUACUGUAAGAUUCACACAGCACUGAAGCUAUGUGUUGGCCUCUUUGUCCAGAGGCUUCUACAAAGCAGUAGCUAUAUACGAUUUUGCUCCACUGACCACGGCCUGCAUGAACACACACUAAAGCUUGCACGGGAUAAGUGCAAGAGUUAGGGGCAUUCUCUGGGUGAGAGCUAGUGUUACUUGGCCGUCACAAAACAGUGGAUAUUUCGUACUGUACUGUACAGUAUGAGUAGAACUGAAGGGUUUCUCAGUAUGGACAUUCCUACAGUAUGCCUUAUUGUGGGUUUGAAUCAUUCACCCGUGUGGUUUCAGUAUUAAGUGGGUCAUUCCACGAAUAGUGCCUUUCAUGGCCUUGUGACGUUGUGUGCGUGUGUACAUUUUUAUAAAACACGUCAUUUAACCAUUAGUUCACAUACUUCUGCGCUCUUACCGAGCUAAGCACUCAAUUUAACAGUCGGUUCACAUAAGUCCAAUAGUAGCGUGUUUUCAUGAAAGUAAAUUCCCAUUUUGGCAUGUCCCACAUCAUGUUUGACAAUUUUAACCCGCUUCACCACAAACAUUCCCAAAGUUUUCACCGUCGUUGUAAAGCCGUAGUUAUUUUCUUGCUUUGACCAAGUACCAAUGGGUCCCUCAGGUUUAUUAAGGUCAGCCCUGUGACAUGAACUGAACUCUCCUUUAAAAAGAAAAAUGUAACAUCUAAUAGUCAAAGCAUAGUGUAAAAGCAGGUGAGCUGGGGUCCCUCUUUUUGUCCAUUUCCAGUGUUUUGUGGUGGAAAACUGAGCGAUUCGAUCAUAACACGUCAACCUAGUUACCCCUAGACAGAUAGGCGACACAUUUUUUAACAAGUUCGCAUGUUUGGUUAAUCUUGCAUUGAAUUGCGCCUCUCUGUUCCAUACCCCCUAAUUUAUGGCUUAAGUAAGAUGAAAUCGUCAAUGCUGUUACUUUAAUUGGCACUUUUACAGCCAUUUUUUUUCUGAGAUGGGAAAACAUGUUUUCAUGUAGUUUAACAUGUACUCUUUAUGACGGAAAUAAAUGUGUAUUUGUAUUAUCACACUACCGACAAGGCACUCUAUUCGUGGAAUGACACAAGUAUGGGUUUUGUUCAUGCACAGUACCGUAUGACAUAUAUGAAUGUUAGAGGCCGGUAUGAUAUAUAAGGAUUUGUAAUUUAUCGCAUGACCUAAACAAGUUGGCUCGUCUAAAGCCCAUGUAGUAACCAACGGAUAAAAUGUGCAUUUCAUACGGUAUCUGUGGAGGUUGUUGGUUAAAAAAAGUAAUAAUGUUCAAUAAGGAGUUUGAUCAUUGACGUAAGAUCAGUCAUAAUCUGUAUCAUAAGGAUAAUAAGUAUACAGUUAUACAGUGACUAAUGUAGUGGUGUGUGUUGAUGACAGAGAAGGGGCUAUGUCUUCUAACUGCACAGUUAUUCCACUUUAGUCUUCUGAGAUGGUCAGAAUCACAAGACCAGGCCAGUGUAUAUCAAUCGAUACUUCUUUCAUUUUGUUGAGUUGUAUGACGCAAUCAUUUAAAUCCAGUAUAACACACAUCAUCUUGUACAAUAAUAUCUAUCAACAAAGAUCAGAAAUCACAUGACCCAAACAAUCCCAGCAAAGGCUCCAUACCCGGAAUGUGAGAUAAAUAGUGUCUGUCACUACUACACCCAUUCAGCCAAUAGCUUCCUUUGCCAACCAGUUGGCAAUUCUUGCAAAUAAAUCCUUUACUUGUUAUGGUUUGAAGCGUUUCCUAACUGUACAGUCGUUCAGUCAGUUCAGUUUGAAUUGAACUUUUGUAGACGAAUAGUGCAGAAUGUUCUGCUCUGAAUCCAAUCUCCAUCCCAUGCAAAGCGAGACUUGUUCUCUGUAAACAGCACCUGGCCUAUGUAGCUAUUGACAGGACUCAUCAUGCGCUCACUAUACACAGCAAGGCUUUCUCUGAACUCUGAUCUGUGACGCUUGCAGUAGAAGCUCUGCUCUCUGUACGAUUGCUUUUGCCUAGCUUAUACUCUCCCUGCACUUUCCUGACACACUGGUCAGUAGCGCUCAUCUCGCUCACAAAGAUUGUACAUAUUUGAAGACAGAAAUAAAUAAUAAACUUGUUUUCGCUUGACAA